UAAAAGCCAUUGGCAUCUCUCCACCGCUCCCUUCUUCCCUACACUCUCUCUCUGGAAUUAUUUUUUCUGUUUUUCCCAAGAAAAAAAGAAAAAUUCUAAGAGAAAAUUGAAAUCCAAGGUUACAAUUUUUUUAUAUAAAUUUGGGAGAUUUAAUCUCUGGAUCUCUAAUUGGAAAGUAAUUAGUGGUUAAACCUAAAAAGAUUGAUAAAAAAUGAGCUUGGAUUCGGUGGCUACAAACACACAUGGCAACCUUGAUGAGGAAAUUAGUCAGCUCAUGCAGUGCAAGCCCUUAUCAGAACAAGAGGUAAGGGCAUUAUGCGAGAAAGCCAAGGAGAUUUUGAUGGAUGAAAGCAAUGUUCAGCCUGUUAAAAGCCCUGUUACAAUCUGUGGUGAUAUCCAUGGUCAAUUUCAUGAUCUAGCUGAGCUUUUUCGCAUUGGCGGGAAGUGUCCAGAUACAAAUUACUUGUUCAUGGGAGAUUAUGUUGACCGUGGCUAUUAUUCAGUAGAAACCGUAACACUCCUGGUUGCCUUGAAAGUGCGUUAUCCUCAACGGAUUACUAUUCUAAGGGGAAAUCAUGAAAGUCGUCAGAUUACUCAAGUUUAUGGUUUCUAUGAUGAAUGCCUGCGGAAGUAUGGCAAUGCUAAUGUUUGGAAGAUCUUUACAGAUCUGUUUGAUUAUUUUCCACUGACAGCAUUGGUUGAGUCGGAAAUAUUUUGCCUCCAUGGUGGAUUAUCACCCUCCAUUGAAACCCUUGAUAACAUUCGUAAUUUUGAUCGUGUUCAAGAAGUUCCCCAUGAGGGUCCCAUGUGUGAUCUUUUGUGGUCUGACCCUGAUGAUCGCUGUGGUUGGGGCAUCUCACCUAGGGGUGCUGGAUAUACCUUUGGUCAAGACAUAUCUGAGCAAUUUAACCAUACAAACAACUUAAAGCUGAUUGCUAGAGCUCACCAGCUGGUUAUGGAAGGAUACAACUGGGGCCAUGAACAAAAGGUGGUUACUAUCUUUAGUGCACCCAACUAUUGCUACCGCUGUGGUAACAUGGCUUCUAUUUUGGAAGUUGAUGACUGCAAGGGUCACACAUUCAUUCAGUUUGAGCCUGCUCCAAGGAGGGGUGAGCCAGAUGUGACCCGGAGAACACCAGACUAUUUCCUAUGAUUGAAGCUGGUCUUGAGAUGCCGAAUCCUUCCAGCCAGUGCUUCCUGGCUGGUUCACUUAUUGAGGGCAUUUUUCAAAUCUAAGAGUAUAAAUUCACAAUGAUGGUGGGUGGGGUGGGUGGCAGAAAGCAUGUAUAACGGGCAGGUGGAGCUUCCUUGAUUCAAUUGGUUUGCUGAUUAUGCUAGAGUUUCCAUAAGAGGAAGCAGUGGAGCUGGUGACCAAAUAGCCGCAAAUGUACCAUUUCCAGCAAACAAUGCGGCAUCUUUUAUUCCUUUGCCUUGAUUCUGUUUUUGUUAUCUUAUUCCUUUUUGUAGGAGGAUGGUUGUUUCAGGGUUGGGUAUGUGUAGAGAGACAAUGAGUUGACUUAUAAUGGGUGCUUUUAUAUUUUUUCUAA